AUGGCGCCAGUUAUCCCUCCGAACCCGCUCCCGCCGGACGAGAACGUCAACCCGACGCUCCUGGGACUCUCCGGCGUACUAAUCUUCUUUGUCAUCUUCACAACCUUUAUUCGCCUCUACGUUCGGUUUUCAUUACGGCAUUUGGGAUGGGACGACUAUCUUAUGGCUAUUGUCGCCAGUCUCGGCAUCGUCAGGUAUGGAGUCCAGUGCGCGCAGGGAAGGUCGGGCAACGGAAGGCAUCGAUGGUACAUUUCGAAAGAAGACUACGUCAACAACAACAUGCUUGGGUGGUUUGCGCAAAUCCUCCUCUUUGCCAGUAUUUGCUUGCUCAAGUGCUCCAUCAUGCUGCUGCUGCUUCGCAUCAAGGAUUCCAGUAGGCUAAAGUACUUCUUGUGGUCUGUCAUGGCUGGUCUGGUUGUCACCAACUUUGGCGUCAUCAUCAUCCUGCUCGCCGAGUGCAAUCCCGUCAGCGCAUACUGGACCGGGAAUGGAGUGUGCUGGGAGGCUAAGAUUCGAAUCUACUCAAUUUACUUGACCAUCUCAUACUCUGUCGCGACAGACUUACUAUGCUCCUUCUUACCGCUGGUUGUGGUCUGGCAAGUCCGCAUACCAAUGUCAACCAAGCUCUCGGUCGGCGCCUUGAUGAGUCUCGGCUUAAUUGCAACCGGCUUCGGCAUCGCAAGAGCAGCUUCUCUUGGUCUCGUGACGAACGACUUGAGCUACGUGUAUGCAGUAACCGCAAUCUGGUCCAACCUCGAACUCUACCUCGGAAUCAUUGCCGGAAACCUAGCGCUCUCUAGAUCUCUCUGGUUCUACUUCUUUGGAGGAAAAGAGCCUCCUAGCACCCAUCCCUCAGGGUACGGAAACUCGUCACAUCGCUCUCGGUCCGCGUAUCACAACAGCAGCAGAUUACACGGCGACAACGGCGGCAACACCGAUACAUUCAUCCGCUCGGAACGGAGGCCCUCCCUAUCGAAAAGCGACCACAGCGAUAUCCCGCUCGAACCAGGUAUCCAGAAGAGAACGGAAUUCUGGAUUUCCGAAGAGGACGCCGAGAGCAGUAACAGUCACGACGCGGCGGCGAUGAGAAGAAACACGAGGCAGGCGUCAUUAUGA